AUGGACUUGCCGCCAUCGGUCUUGGGGAAUGAAUGCGAAUAUGAUGAUCCGUUGACACAACUUCCAAUUGAUGAUGGUUUGCCCCUCGAAAUUGACCCUCAAAAUGCUGGAAAUGAAACUGUAUGUGACGUAGAGUCGGAAGAUAAUGAUGACAAUUGCAAGUUUGAUUUGAAGCUCAUAGAUGGAGUUGAAAAGUUGGAGGAACCUAAAGAAGGAAUGAUAUUUAACUCUUUAGAUGAACUUGCUUCUCAUUAUAGGACAUAUGCGAAGCAACAAGGUUUUGGGGUGGUACAAAAGAAUAAAAAAAAGAAUGCAAGUGGGUAUACACAUUACAUCACCCUAUCAUGUGCUCGCCAAGGCAAUAGAAAACCUAGCUCAAGUAAGCCUGUUCAAACAAGUAGAACAGGGUGUAAGGCCAAUUUGAAUGCAAAGUUAAUUGAGGCAAAGUGGUAUGUGACCAGUAUAUGUACUAACCAUAAUCAUGAUUUAAGCCCAAGCAAAGCUAGAUAUUUUAAAUCCCAUAAGAACUUGGAUUCUCAUGUGAAGAGAAAGCUUUUGAUAAAUGAUAGAGCUGGAAUAACAAUGAGUAAAAGUUUUAACUCGCUAGCAGUUGAAGCGGGUGGGUAUGAGCAUCUUCAAUUUGGAGAAAAAGAUUGCCGCAAUUUUAUUGCUAAGUCAAGGCAUCUUCGGCUUGGCACAGGAGGUGCUGAAGCUCUUUGUGACUAUUUCAAAAGGAUGCAAGCAAUAAAUAAUGAUUUCUACUUUGCCAUAGAUUUUGAUGAUGAUUGUAGGUUGAAAAAUGUGUUUUGGGCUGAUGCACGAAGUAGGGCAUCGUAUGAAGACUUCGGGGAUGUUGUUACAUUUGAUACGACGUAUUUGACUAAUAGAUAUGAAAUGCCAUUUGCUCCUUUUGUGGGAGUUAAUCAUCAUGGUCAAUCAAUACUUUUUGGGGCGGCAUUAAUAUCAAGUGAAGAUACAAAGACAUUUGUAUGGUUGUUUGAAACAUGGUUGAACUGCAUGAAUGGACGAUCGCCAAAUGCAAUUAUAACAGAUCAAGAUAGGGCCAUGAAAAAUGCAAUUCAUAAAGUUUUUCCAAAUACCCGGCAUAGAUUUUGUUUGUGGCACAUAUUGAAAAAACUUCCAGAAAAAUUUGGAUCACAUUCACAGUACCAUGCCAUUAAGAGUACCAUACGAAGUUGUGUGUAUGAAUCUCAGACAUGCGAUGAGUUUGAUGCAAGUUGGCAAAAUCUACUUGAUUGUUAUAAUCUAGGGGAUAAUGCACGGCUGCGUGGGUUAUAUAGUGAGCGUACUUUUUGGGUGCCAGCAUAUCUUAAAGGUGUAUUUUGGGCUGGAAUGACUACCACGCAAUGGAGUGAAAGCAUGAAUGCUUUCUUUGAUGGUUAUGUACACUCGUCAACCACAUUGAAGGAAUUUGUAGAUCAAUAUGAUAAUGCUUUGCGUAAAAAGGUUGAGAAUGAGAAUGUUGCUGAUUUUGUUUCUUUUAAUGAGAUGGUUGCAUGUUUAAGCAGGUUUUCUUUUGAGAAGAAAUUUCAACAAAUUUAUACCAUAGCAAAGUAUAAAGAAGUACAAGAAGAGAUUAAAGAGGUGAUGUAUUGUAGUAGUUCUCUUAUCAAAAGAGAAGGUGCAAUGUGUACCUAUCAAGUGACUGAACAGGUACAAAUUAAUGAUGCGUACACAAAAAUAGUAUGCUUUAUUGUAUACUAUAAUGAAUCUUCAUGUGAAGUGAAUUGCAGUUGCUGCUUGUUUGAAUCAAGAGGAAUUUUGUGCAAACAUGUCAUAUCUGUACUGACUAGAGUUGGAGUUACAUCGUUGCCAGAGAAAUAUUUCCUUAACCGAUGGAGGAAAGACUUGAAGCGAAAAUAUAAAUUUAUCAACAGUAGUUAUGAUCCCUUGAAUGGCAACCCUAGUGCAGAAAGAUAUUUUGACUUGUGCAAAGAUAUGCACAUUUUAGCAGAAAUUGCCUCAAAUAGUGUGGACAGUUACAUGAAACUGAAAAAUCAAGUUCAUAUGUUAACAAAGCAAUACAGUGAUUCGGUUUGCGAACAUAGUCCACCUUCCCAAGCACUUCGUAGUGGAUCUACUACUUGUAAUUUGUCCAUUGAUAUUGAUGGUACGACAGUAGAAAGUAGUAAGGUGCGUAGCCCUCUUGUGGUUCGAAGUAGAGGAAAGCCACCAUCAGCAAUGAAGAUGUCUGAAGUAGAGAAAGCGGUGGGAAAGAAGACGACAAGAGAAAGAAAAAAUCAAGCAAAUGACACAAAUGACAAACAAAGCAAAAAAAAGAAGGUUGCUUCUAUUCCUUAUGUUUAA